GUGGCCGGGAAAGGUCAGAGGGUGGAGGUGGAGGGUCAGCGGGUGUCACGGCAACAGCCCUGGGCAUGGCGGCGGCUUAGCGGCGGCGCCCGAGAAAUCUCCUCUCCCAGGACAGCAGCAUGACGGCCAACGAGGAUCAGGAGAUGGAGCUUGAAGCUUUGCGCUCCAUUUAUGAAGGUGAUGAAUGUUUCAAGGAACUCAGCCCAGUAUCUUUUCAAUACAGGAUAGGUGACCUUGAAGACACUAAAGCUUUCUUACUGGAAUUUUCAUGGACUGAAACAUAUCCAGAAACUGCUCCUAACAUAUCAAUGGAUACAUUCUUCAAUAAUAACAUUUCUUCAUCAGUGAAACAAAGUAUAAUAGCCCAGCUGAAUGAACAGGUUGAAGCAAACCUGGGAACUGCCAUGACUUACACUUUGUUUGAAUGGGCCAAAGAAAGCCAAACACAUCUUAUGGAAAGUCAUCAGCCAGUUGUCAAUACAGGGAUGAUGUCAACUGAAAAUGCUGUAGUAAUUAAUGAUUCUACAUCAAAGAAAAAGGAGAAGAAAGAGCAGCUGACAAAAUCCCAGAAAAGGAAGUUGGCUGAUAAGACAGAUAACAGAGGAGAGCUUCCACGAGGAUGGAAUUGGGUGGAUGUUAUUAAGCAUUUGAGCAAAACAGGCUACAAGGAUGAUGAAUGACAGGGUUUCAGAACUGGAUCCAAAUAAACCUGGAGAAUCUGUUUCGUUUUGCUGGAAAGUGUGUUAAUUUUCCUCAGUGUGUCUUUACAGAAAAAUGUUUUUAUAAACAGUAAAAUGGCAGCAUUUGUGUGUUUUGGUAUGAAA